AUGGCGGCGGCAGCGGCAGGAAUACAGGAGCCGGGAUCCAGUCCUAGGAUGCAGCACCAUCAUCACCAGGACUACCAGCAACAACAGCAACAACAGCAACAACAGCACCUUCAGCAGCAGCACCAGCAGUAUGAGAUUAACCAACAAAUGCGCCAGUCAACAGAUGUGUAUCCAGGUCAACACUACUCACAGCAGCACCCAGGACAGCAGCAGCAAGGCGGACUUGGGACCCGAGACAAGGCAAUCCGAAGCUCGUUCCUGCAGGGGAUUAAGGCACAAGCACUGCAGCCGAACCAGUUGACCCAUUUGACGUUCUUGCGAUACGAGUUCCUGGUGAAUGAGUUCGUCGAGAUGAUACGCCUCCUGCCGGCAUUACAGGCCCUCGAUCUCGACGUCGUCUCUGUCCCAUCCUGCUCUUGCAGGACUUUUUCUCAUCCCUAUGCCCGUCAUCACCAUCGACAACAACUGCAGCAUGCGUCUCGCCAAUAUCGUCAGUCCCAGGAUCUAUCGUUCCCAGGACACCAUUUCCGCGCUGGUUUAUAUACAGAGGCACCCUACUCGAGGCACUCGUCCCAGAACGAUGACAGUGACAACAUGGAUGUUGAUUAUGGGGAGACCUACCCACCCUCUGCCGCGACUCUCUGUAGCAAUUGCAUCCACAGGGAAAGAAUUUUCCAUCGCAGUCAAGGCACCUCGACAGCACCUGCAGGACCACAGGACCAGUUCCCAACAGUACGAUCGUUGACAUUUCGAGGAACAGUCAUUAUCCCCGAACUCCUUGCCCUGUUCCCCAACCUCGAGACACUGGCCUUUGAAGAGAUGCGGCACAAGACCCCUGCGGCCACGAUUGGACCACCCUCUGUCCAAAGUGAUGCGAUCUUCCAAGGAUCGACCUACAGUCAAGCUCACAGUCGGAUGAAUGGCGGUCAGAGUCGGGACGAAUGUGAAAGCAGCAGUUUGUACACGGACAGUGGCGACGAUAACCUGGACGCGACGGCAAGUCUGAGUUUAGAAGCAGAACUAACGAGUCCACCCUCGCGACAGUCUGUCAUGAUCUCGGAACUGGCCAUGAUGCUCAAGAACCAUUGUCCACUGCUGACCCGACUGGUGUUGAACGAGCCCCUUUUGAUCGAAGAUCUGUCCCAUGAGCAACUGCAGCUGCAGAAUAACUCAUUGUCGUCUUCCUCGAUGGGCCCAAGUCCAUCCCUGGGUUCGAGCCAGAGUCAUAUCUAUCCUGUGAACCGGUACCAACAGCAGCCUUCUAGUGCCAGCCGAGUCCAGGACCAGCUGGCUCUGCUACUGCAGGUGAUCCCUCGUCUCAAACAGUUUGUGGUCCACAGUCGGGUCGUUGCCAAGUGCCCACAGCUUUUGGAUACACUGUUGGAGCACCACCAUCCGCACCUUGUCUCGUUCCAGGUUCUAGAUGACAGCCAGGAUAUGUCGCAUUACCCUUCCAUUCAGAAUCCGAAUGCAACCCUCGUCUUGCCACAUCAGACACCACAUCAUGCAUUCUACUCGACACAGAACAUUUACGACCAACAGAGCCCGCAACAACAACAAAAGCUUUAUGAGCAAUUAGGCCACCAGUCCCAUUCGACUUUUGUUCCAUUUGGAUCAGAGUCGUCAGCCAUGCAACAGCAGCAGCAGUAUGUUUACCCAGGUGGAGGACUUGGAGGACAUGGAGGAGACUUGCCGAGCUCACCACCAGCCCAACCGUCAUCGCUCCUCUAUCAAGCCCUGCAGACGCAGCAUUACCUCCAACAGCAGACCAUGCUCCGUCUCCAGGCAAGUAGUUUCCGGAUACUCGAGUCCUGCCCCAACCUUCAAGUCUUUGAGUCCAAGAUCCCGCUUCUUCUCCAGCAACUGAUCGGGUCUGUCCCACGUUGGGCAUGCGGGUCCGAGAUAGCGGUUCUCUGGCUAGAGGUCGAAGAGCUGACGGGUAUAUUUGGUCUGGAUCCGGAAGAAGAGGAGGUGAUGCAGAUGUUUGUGAGGAGUCUGUUCAAGGGAUCCCGGUGCAAUACUGCGUCGUCGUCACCCUUUCAGGAAACAACUAGUAGUGAGUGUGGGGAGGGUAGACCCACGACCAUCCCGCCCUCACCUCCUUGUCUCACUGGAGCUACAGCAGCAGCAGAUAUUGUUUCCAACGAGUCAAAUCCGUGUGCUACUGUUGGUGACAAGGCUACUGCCCCUGCCACCGCCAGGUUUGGAUCACAUUUGGUAGAAGUUAGGUCAUCAGGAACAGUAUCGUCCAGUUUAGGAUCGGCUGGUGGUAGUGGUGGUAUUGGUGUUGGUGAGACCUUUCCGUCUCCCUCGCCAUCUUCUGCCCUCGGUUUGCCUCCUGGUCAUGGUGCGCCGUUGUCUUCGAAUGCAUGGACAAGCCAAGGCACUCAACCAGUCUCGUCUGAGCCAGCUGUUAAUAGAGCACCAUCGCCAGUGGCAGGAGUAGGAGCAGGGAUACCAUUAGGGUGGAACAAACCGUUACUCCCACCUCCGCCACCGCUCGCCUUCACGUCCCCGGCGCCGGUCUCGUCGACCAUGGGUGGAAGAGCUUCGUACGCACCUGGGUUUUGCCAAAUCGAAGGGAUUGAACGAUUGAUGGCGCUUCAGUUCCUGGUUGAACACCAGUUGGUUUACUUGCCCAAACUGGAUCGGUUCCUGAUGGGCAACCGUAUGUAUACUAUCCCUACCCGGGAGCGCGUCCUUUGA